CUGGGGCGUUCUGUCCUAAGGCCCCACCUCCUUUGCUUCCUCCCUCGGCUGCUUACCCCCAGGUAUCCCUUGUCCCCGGGGUUGGGCACCUGGCGUGGGUAUCGUCAUCCGCUGCUGUUACCAUGGCGACUAUUGCUACGUCCCGCCUCUUCAGCCCAGAAAAGUCUCCCCCGGGCCCGUCGCCCCGGUAACGAACACUCGGCGCUGCCGCCUCUCUGCGCGCUCUGGCCGAGCCCUGCUGCGUGGACAGAAGAGCGAGACAAGGCGGUGGGGGACAAACGACCCUGAGGCCCUGCCCUCUCCUAAGAAGGCCUCGCCUAGCCCGGCCCCGUCCAGCUCCAAAAUACCACCCGCGUCUUCCCUCCCGCGACCCUCAGAGUCCACGGUCGGUAACGACACGACCGUCCUCCCAGACCUCCCAGGGCCACCCGAAGUUCUUGGCCUUUUAGUUGCGACCUUAUUCGAGAGAGGGAUUCGGAGGGCGCUGUGAGAUCAUCUCCGCCUCCUCUUGGCCCUCUUCUCCUUCAGAGGAGCCUCCACUUUCUGAUUCUUUUUGUCUAUUACUCUGUCCACUCAUUCAUUCAUUCAACAGGUGCUCCUCCCCAGUUUUCUUUUACUCUGACUUAUCUCUAACACAAUUUAUUUAUUCACUUAUUCCAAGACACUUGGGCGCGCAGCGGCGUGCGUUUUCCUCUUAUUUUCUUCCCUUCCGGUUUUCUUGGUCCACGUCUUCCGUCCUUUUCUCCUCAUCUUCCUCCGAGCCUGGAUAAUUCUUGGAUAGCCUGGGACUCGAGCAGGGAAUCCGACUGCAGGGCCCUGCCCCUAAUUGGGGCAGGUGAUGUCGUUCCUGGACGCCGAGGACCUCCCAUAGCUCACCGACCCUUAAAGUAAAAACUCUGAGUCUCGCGCAGGGCCUGCGACUGACUAGGCGAGUAGAGACCAGGCAGGCAAAGUAGGAAGCCCAGGAGGCCCCCGGCGGAGGAAACGUGGCCGCUCAAGGCAGGGUUCGCCCUCGCGCCUCCCCGGGAACUGCGAGGCGCAGUCAGGCGCGGAGAAAGAACGCGCAGUGCAGGAGCCUGUGGGCGCGGGAAACCAGACCCACGGAGCUUGGGCGGAGCUAAGAAAGGGGGCGAUGGGAGAGGCGCUGCGUGCCCGGAACUCCAAUGGGGCACCCGGCUGAGGCGCAGGCCACCCGGGACCCAGCGGUCCUUGCUGGAAAACGGCUAGGCCGCCAUCUUGUGUCUGGACUCAGGAAUAGCGUCCUAACUCGUCUCCACGGCCUCCACAGCCACAGUGACCUCUGCUUGCUGAGUACUCCUCUGCUGAAAUCCCUUUGGUCAGUGGUUUCCACUGUCCUGGUGCUCCCUGGCAGCACUCUGCCCUCCCCUCUCCAUUGCUUGUUGCCUUGCCUCCCCUGCUAGACUGUAUGCCUGGUGAGGACAGGGACUUUGUGCACUGUUGUAUUCCCAUCACCUGUGGCUGUCAUUCAGUAAAUGUCUUGUUGGAUUAAUUUGAAAGAAAGCUCCCUUCUCAUUUUCCCCUUGCUGGGCCCCCACCCCCAAGCCAGGAUGUUGGGCCUCAAGAGUGCCUGUGGGUGAGGACACCCUGACCUUCUGGCUCUUCUGGCACUGAUUCCACCGCAAACUGGUGUUGCCUCUCUCUCUGCUCUCGGCCAACCUCUCUUCCUCCAAUAAAAGGCCCAACUGGGGCUGGUGGGCAGCCAUGCAUUUCAUGGCAGGCCCUGCAGGUAACCGGAGUCUGGGGCACCUGGGUCUCCACAGGGCCCUCCAUGCCCUGUACAUGGUCGUUUUGAUAGUGGUGAUCACCAUGGGCUCAGUGUUUGGUAAGCUUAUUAUCAAUCGGGCACCCUCCCGUCCAUUUGAGUUCCCCAAAUACCUGCGCUGCUAUCGAUGCCUCUUUGAGACCAAGGAGUUGGGGUGCCUCCUGGGAUCUGACAUCUGCCUGGCCCCACAAGGCAGCAGCACCUGCAUCACUCUCCACAUAAGGAACAGCAGUGGAACUGACAUCAUGGUGAGUGACUGCCGCCACAAGGAGCAGAUGCAAGACUGCUCGUAUACCCACACUUCUCCGGUGUUUGGCUUCUGGAUAUCCUCUCAAUGCUGCUUCGUGGAUUUCUGCAAUGACCCUCAGAACAGAGCAGCCUAUAAUUCUUAGAACAGCUGCAGAGACCUUGCAAGUAAAAUUCCACCCAUUUCCAGCUACCCUCUUGACUCCCACCUGGGCUCAGCCAGGACAACUUCCAACCCCUCACACCAGCUCUCCCUGCCUCCUCCAGUCACCUGACCUAGCUCUCUUUCUCUUGGUUGACACCCCUCCAAGACCCCUAUUCCCACUCUGACCCUCCCCCAGUUUCCCCGCUCCAGAAUUUUCUGGAGUUUCGCCAACAGGGCCUCACAGUCCAAUGUAUUUUCUGCUCUCUUCUCCCUAGGCUGCUCCUUUGCUUCUUUGCCUUGAUCCUUUUCCUCCACCACAGGCCUCUCCCUUGCCAAGUCUAGAGAU